AUGACUCCAAGGGAAGGAUGGCAUCCGAAGGGCGCGCGGAGUUACCACGGCAUUUGCACGCUGUGUACACGUAGAAGCUACCCGAACCUGCGUCGUGUUUGGUGCAGAGUGCAGACAUCGGGAAUCAACAACCGGCCAUCGAGCCAGGGACGGGUCAUCGAUGAGUCUCGCGAGCUUCUCGCCUUUGUAAUGCCAGCCUUGGACUUGAUCUUGCCUGAAUGCUGGCUCACUGAGUACGAGCGGCGCUGCUUCGGGGCUUCCCCAGGCUCCAAUGUAGGCCUUAGUUCCCUCAACCAUCACGAUGGCAGCCAACGCAUCAGACCCAUCACCUCCGGCUUCGACACAAAAAUGACAAAACGCAUACUCGAGAACAGCAUCCCCGGAGAUGCCCUUUACUUCACACAUGUAUCUCCGACCGACGCGGUCAGGAUCGACGAAGAAAGGGAACGAUGCAGACGGAAGUUCCGCUUCCGGCGGUACUACCCCGAUCGCCAGCUCCUCAUCAUCGCCACCAACACUGCACUACAUGAGCGUCUCCAUCUAAACUUUUAUGAUGGCGCGUUUUUCUCUCGGCUGGUUCGACUUGGUCCAUGCCGUGACUGGCACUCCAUGGGCAGGGCCACAUUCCCGACCUACCCUCUCGAACCUAGUGGGCGUCUGUCAUACGGAGAAGGCGAUUCGACCGGUGGUCCUGGCGCCCGGUGCGCCGCCGACCGAUGGCCGACCUUGGUUGUCGAGGGAGGGCAUUCGCGAUCGUUGGACCAGCUGCGUGUCGAUCUGGGAUGGUGGUUUACCGCAUCCGACCACGAGGUCAAGAUUAUUGUGCUCCUCAAGUUCGAUCGAAAGCUGGAAUUGAUCGUCGUGGAGAAAUGGGUAGAGGAGAUCCCAGAGGGGGCUAGACGGAUGACGAGAGGACGGGUCGCUCAGCUUCAGCCGGUCUGUCGGCAGAGCGUGGUUAUCAGCCGCGACAAGACGACAGAUCCCGUAUCUUACCACGUCACUGGGGCACCCUUGACUUACGAGUUCAGGCUGCUGUUUCUCCGGGAUCCGGGUCCGGGGGAGGGUAAUAUUACGGUCAAUGUUGAGGACUUGCAGAUCUGGGCCAGUGACAUCUGGUCGUGGGUUGACGAUUGAGCCGGGGAAUCAGGUACUUUCAGAUAUAAAGUUAUAUUAAGCUAGUAUUAUAAUACCUUUAAUAUUAUUCGGCAC